CGAGGUAUUGGCACUUUUCUUAGGUUUUACGGGAUGGAUAAUGAUUUUCAUAUCACUACAAGAUCAAUAUUGGAAAGAAUCGACCACAGAAGGCAGCGUGAUCACGACCUCCACACUCUAUGAGAACCUCUGGAUGUCUUGUGCAAGUGAUUCAACAGGGAUCUAUAACUGCCGGGACUUUCCAUCACUCUUUGCUCUUCCAGGAUAACUACAUAAUUCUACGGAAGAAACAAGGGAGUAUGAAUGCGAUAGUAGAAGCUUUGGCUUUCCUCCUGGGCUUUCUGGCCUGGCUGAUGCUCGGAAUCGCCCUUCCAAAUCGAUACUGGAAGGUCUCUUCAGUGGACGGUAACGUAAUCACCACAUCGACCAUCUAUGAAAACCUGUGGAUGUCCUGUGCAACUGACUCUACGGGAGUUCACAACUGCCGAGAUUUUCCAUCUUUGCUUGCACUUAAUGGGUACAUUCAGGCCUCCCGGGCCCUCAUGAUCGCUUCCAUUGUGUUUGGGACGUUCGGGCUCGUGGCGACUCUUGUUGGAAUGAAGUGCUCGAAAAUAGGAGGAGAAAACUACUUCUUGAAGGGAAGGAUUGCUGCCAUUGGGGGAGUGUUCUUCUUACUUCAAGGGAUUUCCACCAUGAUUGCUAUAUCUUGGUACGCAGCCAACAUCACACAGCAGUUCUUUGACCAGUUUUACCCAGGCACAAAGUAUGAGAUCGGAGAGGGCCUGUAUAUCGGCUGGUCUUCAGCCAUACUGGCCAUUUGUGGAGGGGCGUGUUUGAUCUGCGCUUGCAAACUCAACACACCCAAGGAAAAAAUCCCAUAUCCAUACCAACCAUCCUCCAGAGGACUAGUGCCGCAGACGGUGGCGAUGUCUCAGUCCGCCGCGACCAACUAUGGUAGAAAUGCAUACGUGUGAGAGGGGUUGUGUAGAAUCAGCUCGGGGUCAAUGUACCUUACUAGCGUGCUGCGUUGUUACACAUAGAAACUGCAGCAUAGUGAAUAGUGUGACAGGGUACAACUUCGUUACAGUGUCGAUUACUGCUAUAAAUUACAAUUAAUCUACAGAAUAUGAAGAACAUGUUGAAUGCUAGACUCCAUGUCCAGAAUGCAGUGAUGAUAGCAAUGUACUUACAAGCAAACAUGUACAAUAAAUUACUUUUCCUUACUAUUA